CAUUAUUCGUACUUUUGGGAAAAUUUUCAUUGGACGGACUGAAUUUCAUCCACCGCAGACGGGCAAUGGAGAAAUAAAUAAAUGAUCGACUUGACACGUGUCGAAUCCUGGUAGCCGAGUCGCGGGAUAUCCAGUUCGAAACAGAGGCCCAGAAGACAUUCCCAUUCCGCCACCAUGCCAACGUUAUCGCGCGGCGCCACCCUGUCGCGACGGCGAGCAGGGAGUAGCUCUAAUAAUGGCAAAUGGCCACCUGAAAACUCUCUCCGCCGCCUUCAAAACCUAACACCUGUCCCUCCCCCUUCUCCUUCUCCUCCUCUCUCUUGCGAGAAAUCAAGCAGAGGCCCCAGCAAGAGAGGGAGAGGCGCGUCGCAUCGCAUCGCUACCGACCUCGAUUCGUUUCGUUCCAUUCCAUGGGCUGCGCCGCGUCGAAGUUGGAGGGGGAGGAUUUGCGGCCGGGGCCCUACUCGGUCCAGCGCAAGAUCAUGGAGGUGAAGCGGCCCCCGCGGCGGGGGCGCCGCCUGAGCACCGUCUCCACCACUGAGCUGCUCCGCUCCUCGGACGCGGACGGCGAGCAUGGCGUCGGGAAGUUAGCGGCGGUGGAGGAGUUGCCGGAGGAGAAGGGGAGGCGAUUGUGGCAGCGAGUCGCCGGGGACGAGCAGCUUCCCGGAUCGCCGAGUUUUAGGUUUUACUUCGCCGGAUCCACCGACGCCGACGAAUCCGACGACGGCUCCGAAAUCUUCCAAAAAGAGGACACUGAGAAACAUAAGCAAACUGUGGAUGGAUCAACAAGCAAGACUCUGAUACUAGUCAAGGAAAAGAAAAGAAAGGGAAGAAAUUGAGAGUAUUAAGAAAAACUCCUCAUGCCACGGAUUGCCCAAGCCUUGUAGUUGGAAAAGCCUCUUAAGUAGUCUGGUUCGACAUCUCGACUUCUUCUUAUAUCGAAUCGGGACAGCUAGUCCAAGCUUACUUGAUUGUCAUAGGUUAACAUUUAGUUGUUCUUGUUUCAUUUUAUAUGGAUGUGUUUUAGCAACAUGUGUUUUGUUUGGAAGGCUUUGAGUUUGAGGUCAUCCUUCAUUGCCAUUUUCUUAAUGUUUGAUAUUGUUUGAUUGGUUUAUUCAUUGUAAUGAAAUUGGAUUAAUAGAUUAUGAGGUUUAA